UUGUGUCGACCAUGACGGUCAAUCUGUGGGUGUGUUUGUUAAUAUUUUCAAUAAUAGCCAAUGAACACGUACUGUCACAAAACUAUAUCCCCCAGGCUCUCAAUAAAUAUAAAAUUUCUGGAGGCUAUGGAGGUGGUGGUGUGAAGACGUCUUUCACCAAAACCAAAACGAAAACAUCUUACGGUGGCACUAAAAGUUUACCAGUGGGUGGUGGAAUGAGUUAUUCCAUUGGAGGAGGGCUAGGGCAUGGAAUAGGUGCCGGUUUAACCUUCAACGGAGGAGCUAGUCCUUACGCUUCUGGUGCUGCCAAUUAUUACUCUGCUCCUGGUGGUGGUUCCACCUUCACAAGCGGAGGAUGUACUGGCCUGCCACCAAAUCCGAUGAACGGAGGUUUGACAUGUUCCCAGUAUUCCGGAUGUAAGGCUAAUUGUAUGCCCAACUACCAAUUCCCCAAUGGGCAAACCCAAAUCACCAUCAAAUGCGUAAACCAAAAAUGGGUUGUUGAUGGAGGCCAAUUCGACACUGUACCUUCAUGUGAACCUAUUUGUUUGCCUGCGUGCAUGAACAACGGAAUCUGUACGGCGCCGAACCAAUGUAACUGUCCUGUUAACUUCUCUGGACCGCAAUGCCAAUUUGAGAAAAAACCAUGUCUUGCUCUUCCAAAUUUGCCACAAAAUUCCAGAAGAAAAUGUUCAGACAAUACGUGCACUGUAACUUGUAUGGAAGGCCACAAGUUCCCAGAUGGUUCUUCUAUAGCAAAAUUAACCUGCAAGGACGGUCUUUGGUUGCCGUCUAAGAGCACUUGGAUUACCAUACCAGAUUGUCAAGCAACUUGCAAUCCUCCAUGUCUCAACGGCGGAAAUUGCCUCUCUUUCAACGUUUGCCAAUGUCCUCAGGACUUCAGGGGACCACAAUGUCAAUACAGCCGUGAUGUUUGUGAUCCCAAGAGGCUUCAGUUUAAUGGCGCUUACAAUUGUUCCGGAGCCAUGGAUCACUUCCAGUGUUCUCUUUCUUGCCCCGAAGGAAUUCCGUUUUCUUCCCCGCCUGCUCCAGUUUAUACCUGUUAUUACAGUCAAGGAAUUUUUGAACCUUCACCAGUCCCUCAGUGUCUCUACCCUGAAAAUAUGCAAGUGAUUCAGGGACCUUCCAGUUCCCACACCUAUUAUUCACAAACUUCAAAUAGUUCUGGGUUCAAUUUGAAUUCCUUGUCUUUGAAUGGGAAGAAAAUUAUGACCAAAACCAAAUAUGACCACGCUAAACCAGAUCCUCUCUUCAACGACACUAACUUCCAAUUUGUGCCCCUUGGAGAAGUCAGUACAAAAGUUGAUCAAUUAAUGACGCUAGAACAAAAGUUGCCCAAACCCGGAACCUGCUUCACUUGGGGAGGAGCCCAUUACAAAACGUUUGACGGACGAAUCUUAAGCUUCAAUUCUCCAUGUGCUCAUGUUUUGGCUCGAGAUUCAGUGGAUAACACUUUCAGUAUUAUUACGCAUAACCACAAGAACUGUGCCACAGAUCCGAAUAUGUGUUCUAGAGUUAUAAAAGUUUAUUUGCAGGAUAAGGAAUACGUACUGAAAAAAUCGGACAAAGGUGUCCCAACUUUCUCCCUUGGUAAGAGACUCCUUCCAAUUCCUGGACAAUUACCAGGCGUCAGAGUAGAAGUUGAAGCUCAUUACGUUGUCAUGUCUUUGGAUACGGUCGGAGCUAAAAUCAGAUGGGAUGGAGAGCUCUUGGUGCAAGUAGAAACGACUGAAAGCCUCUGGAACAGAACGGAAGGACUGUGUGGAAACAAAGAUGGUAACUCCAAUAAUGAUGUAGCUACUAAAGAAGGAAUCAUACCUAAAAGUGCCUUGACUGCUGUAAGCAGCUGGAAAGUUGAUAACCUGCAAGAUAUUUGUAAUGAUGAACCCAGAGAUACUCACGCCUGCAAAAGUGUGAAGGGGGUUGAAUAUCAAGCUACGGCUUUCUGUAAAAAUAUAUUAUCCGAUCCCCGAUUCCAUCUUUGUAGUAAUUAUCUGGAUAUUGCCCAUCUCUUGGAGACUUGUACAUGGGACUACUGUUCUUGUAAAAAACAGGACAAAAGUGAAUGCGCAUGUGAAACUUUAAACGUCUACAUCAAAGAAUGCAUUUUCAGCGGUGUUAAAGGAUUAGCUAAUUGGAGGGACGACAAGACAUGCCCAAUGAAAUGUACCGGUGGUAGAAUUUAUAAGUCCUGCGGUUCACCGACUGGACAACCUGUCUGCGGAGGAGUUUCAGUCUUGUUGGGUAUAAAUGACGGUUGCGUUGAAGGUUGUUAUUGUCCCGAUGGCACGGUACUUCACGAGGGAAAAUGUAUAAGUGCUGAAGAGUGUCCUUGUAGAUUGCGUGGCAAAUUCUUCACGCCCGGUGCUUCUGUUCCUAAAGAUUGUAAUACUUGUACUUGUAGUGAAGGCAAAUGGGUUUGUACUCAGGUUUCUUGUGGUGCUCGUUGUUCAGCAGUUGGAGACCCACAUUACACAACUUUCGAUGGUAAAUCGUACGACUUUAUGGGGCAGUGCAACUAUUACUUGGUCAAACAUAAUAAUUUUACAAUUGAAGCUGAAAAUGUUGCCUGUGCUGGAUCUAUUUCUCAAGCUAUGAAUUUCCCAAUUAGUGUUAGUUCAGGACUUCCCUCUUGCACCAAGACCGUCACCAUAAGAAUUAAUGGACAGAACAUUAAGCUGAAACAAAAUCAUGACAUAGUGAUUAAUGGUCAAGACAUCACUAGAAUUCCUUAUGAAAUCGCUGGGGUCAAAAUCAGAGCAGUUUCUUCCAUUUUCAUUAAAGUUGAGCUACCAAACAAAGUAGAAGUUUGGUGGGAUGGAGCAACUAGAGUCUACAUUGAUGCCCCUCCAAGUCUUCAAGGUUUCACCAAAGGUCUUUGCGGUACCUUCAACAAUAACCAAAAGGAUGAUUUCUUAACACCAGAGGAUGAUGUUGAACAGACUGUUGUUCCUUUCGCAAACAAAUGGAAAACGCAGGAAAAAUGUAACGAUGUCCCUGAAAGUCUCUUGAACAAUCCUUGCGAGAGGAACAUUCACAGGAAAGUUGAAGCCGAAAAACACUGUCAGAAAAUCAAGUCCAAUCUCUUUGGAGAUUGUCAUUUCUAUGUGGACCCAGAACAAUAUUACCAAAACUGCCUCUACGACAUGUGUUCGUGUGAAAACAAAAUUAGUAACUGCCUAUGUCCAAUAGUCUCAUCAUAUGCGGCAGAAUGUGCACGAAACGGCAUCAAAAUCGAUUGGAGAAACGAUGUUAGAGAAUGUGGCAUUCAUUGUCCAGGUGGUCAGAAAUACCAAGUUUGUGGUGACUCGUGCACAAGAACCUGUCAGGAUAUCGCCACCCAAGACGAAUGCAAGGAACAAUGCGUCGAAGGAUGUAACUGUCCAAAGGGUGAAACACUUGAUGAAAAUGGUGAAUGCAUUCCUAUAGGGGAAUGCAAGUGUCAGUUUGAUGGUUUGGAGUUCCAGCCUGGAUACAAGGAGAUCAGACCAGCUUCCACAGGACCAGAAUUAUGUACUUGUUUGAACGCAAAAUGGUCUUGUAAACCUGCCACUCCAGAACAACUUAAUGAUUUUCCAAGAGCUCAUGAUCUCAAAUCUAAGUGUAACGCCUCCCUCAACAUGAUGUUUACCACUUGCGAACCUGUUGAACCUGUCACAUGCAAAAACAUGCACAAUCAUGAGUUGUUCAGUGCAUCUGUUUGCCAUUCUGGUUGCAGAUGUAAAGACGGUUACGUUCUGGAUACAAAGCACAAGAAAUGUGUGAAACCUGAACACUGUCCUUGCCAUCACGGUGGUAGAAGCUACAAGGACAAGUCCAUCGUACAGAAUGACUGCAACACCUGUACUUGCAAAGGCGGAAAGUGGGAAUGCACAGAGAGGCAGUGCACGGCUGAAUGUAGCGCCUGGGGCGACUCUCAUUACAAAACCUUCGAUGGAAAACACUUCGAUUAUCAAGGGCAAUGCGACUACGUCUUGGCUAAAGGAUCUAUGGGCUUGGAGUCGUUUGACGUUACUAUUCAAAAUGUACCAUGUGGUUCCUUGGGUACCAGCUGUUCUAAAUCAAUUUCUAUUAGAGUAAAUGUUGGCGGCGAUCAGGAGAGCUUAACUCUGACUAGGGACAAACCUUUGCCAAACUCGCAAACACUUAAACACCUUACUUUGAGGCACUCUGGACUAUUUGUUAUUGUUGAAGCUGUGGACUUAGGUGUAUCAAUUAAUUGGGAUAAAGGUACCAGAGUAUACGUGAAAGUUAGUCCCAAAUGGAAGAACAAGAUCAAAGGACUGUGUGGUAAUUACAAUGAUAACGACGGUGACGAUUUCCAAACACCUUCAGGUGGUAUAACUGAAGCCUCAGCUACUAUUUUCGGUGACUCCUGGAGGUUACAGUCGUAUUGUCCUGAAGCUUUGGAAAUAUCGAAUACAUGUGAAGAACGGCCCGACAGAAGAGUAUAUGCUUUGAAGAAAUGUGGAAUAUUAAAAUCCCCAAUUUUUGCUCCUUGCCAUUCAGAAGUACCAUUGGAUCACUACUUUGAUAAAUGCGUGUUUGAUACAUGUGCCUGUGAUCAAGGAGGUGAUUGCGAAUGUCUUUGUACUGCUUUGGCAGCUUAUGCUCAAGCUUGCAAUAACAGAGGAGUACCAAUUAAAUGGAGAUCUCAAGAACUAUGUCCAAUGCAGUGUGACGAAAGAUGUUCCAACUAUAGUCCUUGUAUUUCAACUUGUCCCUUGGAAACCUGCGAUAAUCUACUUACUCAAAACAAACUCACUAAGUCUUGUUCUGAAGAUACUUGUGUUGAAGGCUGCAGCUUCAAACUUUGUCCACCUGGCUAUGUCUAUUCCAAUUCAUCUCAUUUGGAGUGCGUACCACGAUCCACCUGUAAACCGAUUUGCUUAGAAGAAAACGGUGUUACCUACUACGAAGGUGAUUUAAUCGAGGAAGACGAUUGCCACAGUUGCUAUUGUUCACGGGGCAAGAAAGUGUGCACUGGGCAACCUUGUUCAACAACAUUGCUUCCUUUAACCACACCACAAAUGGAUCAAUCAGUACAGUGUACACCAGGUUGGACGGAAUGGAUCAACCAAGACAAACCCAAGUUUACAAAAACCAAGACUAAGGGCAGAAAGAAGGAACACGAACCAGUUCCCAAUUCAUUACUCAUGAACAAGUUGAAGGGUGCUAAGUGCAGUUUCAGUCAAAUGGUCAACAUUGAAUGUAGAACUGUUGGUACUCAUAUUCAUCCGAAGAAAACUGGAUUAGAUGUGGAAUGCAGUCUGGAAAAAGGUCUUAUAUGCAAAGGUGAUAAAGGAAGAAAAUGUCCAGAUUUUGAGAUUAGAGUCUUCUGCGAAUGCGAUUACUUCGAACAUCCACCUCCAACAACUGAGUCCCCAUCAGCAUGCAAUAUGACAAAACCCAACAAGGAACAUCCAACUGAUUGUCAUCUUUUCUACGAAUGUGCUCCAACCGAUAAUGGAUUUGAAUUAGUAGAAAAAUCUUGUGGAAGGGACAUGAUGUACAAUCCACGAACCAUGGUCUGUGAUUGGCCAGCAGCUGUGCAACUUCUUAAACCCAACUGCACCGAGUCGAAGGAGACUAUAGAAGAUGAAUCUGAAGUUUCUAGUAAGAUUCACAACAAUAUAUUUAAUAUGAUUUUACAAUUUCUUUUUGUUUUAGCACACGAAUGUCCAGAUGGAAUGGUGAAAGAAAAAUGUGCUAUAAAAUGCGACAAUCUCUGCCUUUAUUACGAGUAUGUACUUAAGGAACAAGGUUUGUGCCAGCACGACAUAAAAUGUGAAGCUUCCUGUGUGUCUGCUGAAAAACGUCCUGAAUGUCCCGAUGGAAUGUUUUGGGCUAACAAUGAGACGUGUGUCUCAAUGUUCGACUGUAUGUGCACUGCUUCGGAUGGAAGGCCUGUUAAGCCGGGUCAAGUAGUGGAAGAAGAUGGUUGCAAACAAUGCCAGUGCAUCGAUAAUUUCUAUUCCUGUCACAAAAUACAAUGUGCUGAAGAAGAAGAAAGCAGAGCGGAACUUCCUGAAGAAGAGGAUGCACACCAGAAACAAGAAGUCGGUUCUCUGGAAUACGUAAAGGAAACUCACGUAGAAGUUGUCACAGUUCCACCGGUUAUCAUCAUACCAACUACUGUAACACCUCCAGAACAAUGCGAUGAAGAUCACUACAUCAAUUUGAUACAAGGGGACCAACCAUUACCAGAUGAAGCUUUUACGGCAAGUAGUGUCCUUGGGCCAUCUUUUGCUCCAUGGAAUGGAAGACUAAACAGUCACGUAACUGAAAGUUCAGGAGGAAAUUGGGCCCCAGAAUUCACUAAUCAAGAUCAAUAUCUAGAAAUAGACUUGGGACGUCUCGAACCAAUCUACGGAGUGAUCGUUAAAGGAAGUCCUUUGUACGACGAAUACGUGACUAGCUACAGAGUGUUGUACAGUCCGGAUGGCCAUGACUUUUUCUAUGUUUUGAACAACGAGAAGCAUCCACAAAGUUUCAGAGGAUCUAUCGAUCAGAAGACUCCUGUGAAACAGAUCUUCGAUGUGCCUUUUGAGGCUAAGAAGAUUCGUAUCAAUCCACAAACAUGGAACAAUGGAAUCUCUUUAAGGGUGGAAAUUAUUGGAUGCGGUGAACCAACCACUACUCCUACUGAACCGUACGAAGUUUUCGAUGUGAAACCACAGCAAAUCAAUAAACAACAAUGCGAUGAUGAAAUGGGUCUUGGAGAUGGUAAAAUGUCAGAUAGACAAAUUUCGAUUAGCUCUGAACUUUCUCGCGAAUUCAGCAAACAAAAUCUGAAAAUUACUGGAAAUAAAUCUUGGCAACCUUUGUCCAACUCUCCCACAGAAUGGAUCUUAUUUGACUUCUUGGAACCAAGAGAAAUUACUGGAUUGGUGACGAGAGGUGGUGAAAACGGUUGGGUUAAGACCUAUACAUUGCAAUACUCUCAAAAUAAAAAGGACUGGAAUCCAAUCUUGGAUUACAAUCAGAAAGAGAAGAUCUUCUUGGCAAAUGUCGAUAAUAACAGCCCGCAUAAGAAUGACUUUGAUUUGCCAAUUAGUGCCAGAUACUUUAAGAUCAUUCCUGCUACUUGGUCUGAAAACAUUGCUAUGAGAAUUGAACUUCAUGGAUGCUUCAAGCCUUAUCCUGAAAUUUUGGAGCCACUAACAACACAAGCGCCGUCAAUAUGUAACAUUUGUCCAGGAACCACUGAACUAGAACUCGGGGCUUGCAAAUGUAGCGAUCCCCUGUGGUGGGAUGGGGAGAAUUGUGUCAAUCGCACCCAAUGUCCUUGUUGGGUUGGACACAUUCCUUAUUCCAUUGGAGCCUUGUUCGAAGAAGAGGACUGUUCUCAGUGCAUCUGUAAACUUGGAGGCAUUACCCAUUGUACUCCCAAGAAAUGUCCACCAUGUAGUAAUGGUUUGAGAAGUACCGUAACUGGAACUUGUGCCUGCGCUUGUAAACCUUGCCCAGAAGGCACAAUUUUGUGCCCAACUAGUAAUAUUUGCAUUAACUCAACUCUUUGGUGUAACGGCAUACAAGACUGCCCUGAUGAUGAAGUAGAAUGUACGACAAUGGCACCUGAAACAACUACACCUUUUGUCCCCACAACCACCACCAAAAAACCAAAGACAUGUCCAAUUGUGGAUUGCCACCCUGGGUUCAAAAAAGUGGAGAAAUCACCACACAAAAAUGUUUAUCUAUCUCCAAUGUUGGCCACCCAGGGAAGUUCUCCAAGGAAGACCUUCUUCAAGGGUUACUACAAGGGUGUAAAGACUGGCGGCGUCAAAGGAAGGUACAGAAAGCCUAAUUUGUUGAGGCCAACUCAACCACCACCAAUACAAAACGACGAAGAGAUUGUGUGCAAGGAAUACAAGUGUGUGUCUACGAAACUGCCACCAAAAUUCAUUCAUACUAAAGAAGAAUGUCCUCCUGUUAUUUGCCAACCCAAUUACAUGCCAGUCUUCGAUUUCGAUCAAACUGAUUAUAAAGAAUGUCCUCAAUACUCUUGCCAUCCACCACCUCCACCAGAUGCAAUUUGCAACAUAACUGGUCGCACUUUCAACACCUUCGAUGAUGUUGAAUACAAAUACGAUAUUUGCAAUCAUGUCAUCGCCAGAGAUUUGGAGAACGACGAAUGGGACAUCUCAUUGAAAAAGAAUUGCACAACACAUUGUUCAAGAGACUUAAUUAUCCGUCAUAAGGAUAAUCAUUUGAUAAUCCAUCCUGACCUGACAGUGGAACUAGACGGUUACCUCUACAAUCGCGAUCAACUAAAGAAAAUUGCUCCAAAACUCACAGAAUUCAACAUACAACAACUCGGAAAUGUUAUGUCCUUCGAAUCAAAUCGUUAUGGCUUCUGGUUGAUUUGGAACAAAUACGGCAACAUAAAAUUGGGUGUUGUUUACAAACUGAAGGACAAGGUUGAUGGUUUGUGUGGUUUCUUCAAUGAAAUACCCGAAGACGACAAAAGAAAACCUGAUGGAACACCAGCUAGGACUACCGUGGACUUUGGAGACAGUUGGGCAUUAGCCAGUGACCAACCACAAAUCUGCGAAGCUAAAACUUGCCCCAUUCAUAUCCAGAACAAAGCCUGGGAAAUCUGCAACAAAGUCAAGGAUUAUACUCUAGCUGCCUGUGCGAAAGUAGUAGAUAUUGAAGCCUUCGUCUCACGUUGCCUCGAAUCUACCUGCACAUGUCUGCAGCAAAGCGAGAAGAACCAUACUGCCCAAGAAGAAUGCAGAUGUCAAACAAUGCAAAACUUCGUUACAGACUGCCUUCAAUCUGAUUCAUCCAUCGAACUGACCGAUUGGAGAAUGCAACACGACUGUCCUGUGACAUGUGAAUCUCCCUUGGUUUAUCACGACUGCUACCAAAGAAAGUGUGAGCCAACUUGCAAAUCAAUAUCUGACCCCAACGCCUGUCCAAAGGUUCCCAAUAUUUGCUUCCCUGGUUGCUAUUGUCCUUCAGGUUAUGUUCGCAAAGAAAACAAGUGCAUCAAGCCAUCAAGCUGCAGGGAUUGCGAAUGCAAUGUCCUUCCGCAUCUCCAAUAUGUCACCUACGACGAAUCCAACUUCACAGUUACCGGAAACUGCGUAUAUGUUAUGUCCAGAGAUGUACUAAUUAACGAAAACAAGCAUGCCUUCCAAGUUUUGAUUACCAAUCAUCCUUGCCAAAACAAUAAUGAGAAGAUGUGCGUUGGAAAAGUUACAAUCUUAUACAAGGGUCACAAAAUACACGUGCUCAUGGAUUAUUAUCGCAACAAAUUGAAAUUGAUCGUAGAUGCUGAAAGGAUUGAAGACUUUUCUGAAGUUGCUGAUUGGAUUAACAUCAGAGAAACCGCCACGAAACACUUCAAGUUGCUUCUUACGGAAAUCCAGGUGGAAGUUUCUGUGUACUUCCCGUCUUUGGGCGUGUCAGUCAAGGCCCCAUCGCACAGAUAUGGAGGAAAACUUGAGGGUCUAUGUGGUAAUUGCAACGAAGAUCCGGAAGACGAUUUUAAAACUCCCAGUGGCAAAGAAGCUCAGGAUGAAAAUGAUUUGGCUUUGAGUUGGUUGUAUGAACACCUUCCUGGAGGACAAAGUAGGGAACAAUGUGAAAACAAACCCAAAGAAGAUUGCCCACCUAUUCCAAUCGACUCUGAUCCUUGUGUACAACUGGUUGACAUCAAUAAGUUCGGACAGUGUCUUCCAGUUUACGACCCCAAUCUGUUUAUCGAUUGGUGCAGAAAAGACACUUGUGGAGGCCAUCCAGAACUAUCUUGCAACGCAAUUGAAGCUUACGCCAGAGAUUGUGCCAGCGCUGGUUUCUGCAUUAACUGGAGAACUGACCUUUGUCCCGCCAAAUCUUGUCCUGAAGGUCAAAUAUACGAUCCUUGCGGCACUGUUUGUCCUGAAACCUGCGAGAGUAUAAAGAAUCCUAAGGCUAAAAAGACCUGUAGUGGAAUUCCAUCUGAGGGAUGUUACUGUCCUGAAGGAAAGGUGUUGUUGAACGAUACCUGUGUUGAGCCUAAGGACUGCGAGGUUUGCGAUAACGAAGGACACCAUCCUGGAGAUAUCUGGAAGAAGGACAAGUGUACAACUUGCACCUGUGAGGGAACAAAUUUGAAGUGCGACACUCAAAAUUGUAUCGGAAGUGAUACGAUUUGUCAACGUGGAUAUACUGCUAUUAAAAUACCUUCCAAGGAAGAUGAAUGUUGCGACAAAUAUGCCUGUGUACCGGAACCAACAGCUGGACCAACCUGUGAAACACCUCAAAAGAUUCAGUGCGGACCAGGACAAAUUCUGAAGCUGGACACCAAACCCAACGGUUGCCAAGUGUUCGUAUGUGAAUGCAAACCAAAGGACGAAUGCGAACCUGUCGAUAUGAGUACAGAAGAACCUCUAGACGAUGGAUAUUUGAAAGAAGUUGACGACUCUGGUUGUUGUCCGGUGGUAAACACAGUUUGCCGUCCGGAAAUAUGUCCAGACCCCAAGCCUUGUCCUCAGUAUCACAGUUUGAACACCAAAGAAAUUGACGGCAGGUGUUGUCCAUUACACACAUGUGAACCACCGAAAGAUAAGUGCAUAUUCGAAACCGGCUACAUAGCAGCUACUAAAGGAGGUGAAAGAGUAUUGACGAAGUACGAGAAGCAGAAACUUUUGAAACCUGGUAAUUCCACUUGGAACGAUGGUCCAUGUAGAACUUGUAAAUGUUUGUUGUCUAGCGUUGGCAAUUAUCAAUACACUUGCGACAAAACUGACUGUGAAAGUCUGGAAAACCAUGCAGAUUACAGUGAAUUCCAUUUGGAAUACGAAGAUGUGUAUGAUGAGUGCUGCCCUAAGAUCAAACGUGUGGCUUGCAAGCACAAAGGAAAGACCUACAAAGUGGGCGAAGAAUGGGUUUUAGGCGUGGACAAAUGUACCAAGAUUAAAUGCGUUGCCGUCACCAAUGGCAUUCAAAAGGAAACCCACAAAACAACCUGUGAAACAGACUGCGACCUAGGUUUUGAAUACGUCCCACCGCCCGCAACUUCCGACGAGUGUUGCGGUACUUGCAAACCUGUAGGAUGCGUGGUAGGCGGCGUCUUGCACAAGAUUGGACAAGAGUGGACUUCGAAAGAUUUCUGCACGGAAUACAAGUGCAAAGACGUGAAUGGAUCCAUGCAAGUCCAGUCCGUUUUGGUCAACUGUCCCGAAUUGAGUGAUGACACCAAGGAGAACUUCGUUGUGGAGUUUGAGCCUGUUGAGGGAGAAUGUUGCAAGAAACAUAAAAUCACGGCUUGCAAAGUUGGCGAUUCUAUCUAUAAGGUUGGAGAAGUUUGGCCUUCCCCAGAUGGUGACAAAUGUAAGAAGUUCACCUGCAUUGAAAAAUCAAACGGCGAUCUCUUGAAACAAGUAUCAGUUGAGUCUUGUAGUAAGGAUUGUGACAAGGGUUGGGAAUAUGAAGACCUUCCAGACAGUUGUUGUGGCAAAUGUAGACAAUCAGCCUGUAUUGUUGAAAACGAACUUAAAAAACCUGGAGAGAGUUGGAUGUCUGCAGAUAAUUGCACCACCUACGCUUGUGAAAGAAUUAACGAUCAGUUCCUAGUUUCCAGCACUAAAGUUGUUUGUCCAGACAUAUCAAGUUGUCCUGACGAAAACAUUUACAUUAAAGGUUGUUGCAAGUACUGCAACCUCACUGCCGAAUCUCAAACUUUGUGUGCACCAAUGGCGUUACCUUUAAACAAGACCAUAGGAAUCAUCAAACAUGGAAAAUGCAUCAACAAAUAUGAGAUUAAAGACUUCACUGAAUGCGUUGGAAGUUGCAAAUCUUCAACUCUGUUUAACUACAUGACUGGAAUGCAUGAGUCUGUUUGUUCUUGUUGUCAAGCAACUGACUACAAAACUUUAGAAAUAGAUUUGGACUGUGAAAAUGGAUCAGUUUUCAAGAAGAAGGUGGCAGUACCAUCCAAAUGUGGCUGCGAAGGGUGUGCUAAAAGUAGUUUACUUUCACAUGUGAAAACCAAGACCAAAACUCCAAUUAAAAUUUAAGAGGCAUGAUUUAUAUUAAUAAGAUUUGUAUUCUUUUAAAUGUAAAUAUGUUUGUAAUUAGUAUCAAAUUGCUUUUAGUUCAUUAAUGAGAUUUUCUAUUUUUUUAAAUGUAAAUAUAAUUUGAAUUAGUAACAAA